CCAACUAACAUGAUUACCCCAACACCAGCCGAACCGUCUCCCUCGCCCCACCCAGUGAGAAGAAGAAACCCUAGAUCUGUCGCCUUUCUUCCCUCUGCCAGCCGCUGCAGCUCAGCCGCCGUCGCUGCUACUCGUCGGCCAAUGCAGCUCGUCUAAACCCUAAACCUCUUCAACCGCUAUAACUCUGUCUGCUGCUGUAGUAGCUCUGGCCGCCGCCGAUGGCAACCUCUUCCAUUGCCUUCGUUCGCCGCCUUCGCACGCUCCGUCCGCCGUCGUCGACAACGUCGUCUGCUGCCUUCGUCCGCCACUGCAGCUUCAUCGGUUCAGAGCUGCACGAGCUGGGGCCGGUGGCAACACGCACUAUUGCAACUCAAGCAGUUAGAAGUUGGAUGAAGGGCGUUAAUAACAUUCAUGAGAUCACAGCAUCGAAUCUCCAAGCUUCUCAAAUCAGAUUUGGAACAUGUGGAAUUUCAGGCCACAAGUAUUCGUAUACACUAAAUUUAAGGCAUGCCUUCAGUUCAAAUAUAAGCCAGUUGCCUGUCAUUGCUGACCCUGAUAUAGAAGCUGCAAUGAAGGAUUUGUUGGCGAUUAACUGGGAUGAAAUUCCAGACUCUGUUAUAAAUGAGACAAAGAAGGCUCUGUCAAAAACCACUGAAGAUAAAGCUGGCCAGGAGGCUUUGGCAAAUGUAUUUCGUGCAGCUGAGGCAUCUGUGGAAUUUAGUGGGGUACUGGUAUCCCUUAGAAUGGCACUUGAUGAUUUAUGCGGCUUAAGUGGUGAGAAUGUUGGACACCUGCCAGAGCAUCUGGAAGAUGCCAUAAGAGCUGCAUAUAAACGAUAUAUUACUUAUUUGGAUUCAUUUGGUCCUGAUGAGACCUUUUUGAGGUAAAAGGUUGAACUUGAAUUGGGAACGAAAAUGAUACACUUGAAAAUGAGAUGCAGUGGCAUUGGUUCUGAGUGGGGAAAGGUUACGCUUCUUGGCACCUCUGGGCUUUCCGGGUCCUAUGUGGAGCUCAGGUCAUGAUAAGUGAUUCUGAGAGCGCUUUUGGAUGGCUUUCCGUUCUGUUGCGUGUUGUCGCGGCCAUUGUUGGAUAUGUGGCUGUCUCCUUUCUAUUGAAGUAUAACUGCCUGCAAGAAACAAAGGAGAUCCUUCGCCUACCUUUAUCGUUCGGGCCUUUCUUUCGUAAUAAAUAAGUAUGACUUCAGUACGAGAUACAAUAUGUCGGUCAUUCGCCUGACAUUUUUCUACCGUACGAGUCCACCAUGUUGGGUUCAAAGCCUUUGCUUGUGGAUGUGUGGCAUAAGUAAGAAUGUAAGAUAUAUUCAUCUAUCAAAUCAGUUAUCGUCCGUUGGCCAUCGCUGGGAUCUCAAGACUUUCUACUAGUAUCAGUUCAAAAAUUUAGCAUAUGAAAAAAUGUAUGAUAUAAUACUUUUCCAAGAAAUUUACUUGUAUUGGAUGCAUUUGACUAAUUGAUAAAGAUAGAGAUUUUGAAU